UCUUCAACCGUUUCUUGCUGUCCACCCUCGCAAAUCAGAAUCACAACUACAAAUACAAUCAAACAAUUAAACCCCAAAUCUUUCUUAAUUUCACCAACAGAUCACAACUCCACAAAAAUGGACUCAUCGGACGACGAAGGAGAGGAGUACUUGUUCAAAGUAGUCAUCAUCGGAGACUCGGCAGUCGGAAAAUCAAACCUGCUAUCUCGUUACGCUCGAAAUGAGUUCAAUAUGCAUUCCAAAGCUACAAUCGGAGUUGAGUUUCAAACUCAGAGCAUGGAAAUCGACGGGAAGGAGGUCAAGGCUCAGAUUUGGGACACCGCAGGCCAGGAACGCUUCCGUGCUGUCACCUCCGCUUACUACCGUGGCGCCGUUGGUGCCCUAGUUGUUUACGAUAUUUCCCGGAGCACCACAUUCGAUAGCGUCUCCCGGUGGCUCGAGGAGCUCAAUACUCAUUCAGAGACAACAGUGGCAAGAAUGUUAGUGGGAAACAAAUGCGAUCUGAACAAUAUCAGAGCUGUGUCUGUUGAAGAUGGCAAGAACCUUGCAGAAAAAAACGGAUUGUUCUUCAUGGAAACAUCAGCACUCGAUUCAACAAAUGUGAAAACAGCUUUUGAAAUGGUGAUUCGUGAGAUUUACAACAAUGUUAGCAGAAAAGUUUUGAAUUCAGAUUCAUAUAAAGCCGAGUUAUCUUUAAACAGGGUCACUCUUCCAAAUGAUGGUGAUGCUGGAUCUAAGCAAGAUCAAACCAGAUACUCUUGUUGUUCUUGAUUUUUGUGUAUUCUUUUCUUGAUUAUUUUUCGAAAUUAAAUUUAUUUUGUUGGAUUUUAUUAUGUGAAUGGUAAAAUUUGCCAUUUUUUGUUUUUUUAACCAUGUUGAUUUGACAACCUGCAUAUAUA